AUGGAGUUGCCAAGGUUUGUGGUGUUGAAAUCAGAGAUGAACGGGAAAUACCUGUGCUAUUGUAAAAAGAAUGGCGGCCAAGAGAACAGUGGGCUUUUCCAGUUCUCGGGAAAGAACGUUGUGAGCCCGUACGUGAAGUUCGAAGUGGAGUUGGCAAACAGCAGCAAUGAGAAACAUCCACUGGUGCACAUAAAGUGCUGUUACAACAAGUAUUGGGUGAUCAAGCUGUUUGACGACCAGCAGUUGAUUGUUGCCGGGGCCAGCAAGCCAGAGGAAAACAAAUCCAAAUCCUCCUGCACUUUAUUCGAGCCUGUUUAUGUAGAUGACAUGCCUAAUCCCAAAAGAGUUCGAUUUUUCCAUGUCCAGCUCAAGAAAUAUGUGUGCUUAUGGGGGAAUGCCCCUUCCAAUUACGACUCUUGCCUGAAAGUUGGUUCAGCCACUCCAGAGAAGGACAAGUCUGAUGUAUGCACGAUCAUGGAUUGGCAAUCGCUGUUAAUAUUGCCUAAACACAUUGCCCUCAAGGGUGAUAACGAUCUUUAUCUCAGCGCUCGUUGGAUCGAGGGUCACCCAUACCUGCAAUUUGCUUGUAGUGACAUUGGGGAUGCGACAGUGGGGAAUAAGGUCUCUACCAACGGCGAUGGAAGCAUCAGCAUAUGGUCCAAUACCCACCAAAAGUUCUGGAGGCGCAGCCCCAAUUGGAUCUGGGCUGACUCAAAUGCCCCCAGCAGCGACGACCUUGACACCCUGUUCCAUGCGGUCAAGGUCGAUGACAAUGUCAUUGCCCUCCGUAACUUGGGUAACAACAAUUUCUGCAGCAGACUCACCACCGAGGGCAAGGAAAACUGUCUUAAUGCCGCUGUCAACACCAUUACCAGAGAGGCCAGGCUGAAGGUAGAAGAGCUGGUGAUAUCAAGGACCAUCUAUAACAUGGAUUUCCACCUCGCAGAUGCUAAUGUCCAUGACGAGAAGCCCAUCACAAUGGCCACUGGAGAGAGCGAGAACACGAGCGAACAAACCAACAGCUUCGUUUUGAAGCUGGCUUACGUAGAGACCAGGACCAGUACUUGGAGCUCGAGUGUUUCAUUGAAGCUGGGCGCCAAAACCACCAUCGAAGUUAGCUGUAUUCCGCUCAUCGUGAAUGGGAAGAUUGAGAUUUCGGCCGAGUUUUCUGGAGCGUACCAGUGGGGAGAAACUCAGACAUGGACGAGUACAGUGGAGACUGCAUACACGGCGGUUGUGCCGCCAAUGACGAAGGUGAAGGUGAGGUUGCUGGCAACAAAAGGGACGUGCAGCGUUCCUUUUAGAUACACUCAGCGCGACAAUAUUCUUACUGAUGGAGAAGCUGUUAUAGAGAGCAUGGAGGAUGGUGUUUACAGUGGCAUCAAUUACUUCAACUUCAAGUUUGAAACUGAACAUCAACCAUUGCAUGGAUCCAAAACAAGUGCUGCGUUUUGA